AUGAUCAAAAAUGCGGAAAUCUUGUGGAAGCAAAGUGUCUGGACAUCAGCUAUAUCGGCUCGAGUGGCUGCACUGCAUCUGAAGAAAGGUGGUCUUCUGCAGUUCACCGGAGCAGCGCCAGUGCUGAAGGGUACACCAGAUAUGUUAGGCUACGGAAUGGCAAAAGCAGCGGUGCACCAUUUGACCAGGAGUCUUGCAACUGAUAAAUCCGGAUUGCCGGAAGAAUCCACGACACUUGCAAUUUUACCAACAAUGUUGGAUACGGCGCAGAACCGCAAAUGGAUGCCAAAAGCUGAUACAUCUUCGUGGACAUCACUGGAUUAUGUAGCAACACUGUUGCAUCAGUGGAUAACAGAUCCAUCAAGUCGACCGCCGAGCGGAUCGCUCGUCGAAAUAAAGACAAACAGUGAUCAGAACGAAUUAGAGAUACACUAA